UUUUUUAAUAUUAUUAUUUAUUGCUGUGAAACCUUCAAAUCCUAUGGCUUCCAAAUUCCAACUUCCAUUUCAAAACGCCACACAGUGGUUGUUCGCCUAACUCCUCGCAAUGGUUCUCUUCAUCCUAGCAAGACCCCUUCGAAGAAGUAAUCACUUUCUCCCCUUUCUCUUUACCUCAACCCCACAGUCACUCUCACUCUUUCCUUUCUCUUUCUGUUCAGCAUUUCAUCAAACACUUUCAUCACGCUCUCAUUUCUCCACUCUCCACUUCUCCUCCACCCCAACUAUCACCUACCCUUUUUCCUUCAACCCAUCCACACUCCAUACCAAGCACGCACAGCAACGGCUUCUCCUCGAAUCCGUCAAACGGGUCGCCCACUUUGAUUCUGAUGCUCAGGCCAUGGCCGCUCUUGACGAGUCCAGUGUAAAGGCCAAUGCGGAUUUGGUUUGUUCAGUAAUUUGGGCGUUGAAGGAAGAGUGGAGACUGGCUUAUUUGGCGUUCAAGUGGGGAGUGAAGUGGGUUUGUGCUGAUGAAAAAGUUUGUGAAUUGAUGGUUUGGGUUUUGGGGAGUAAUAAGAAGUUCAACAUUGCUUGGUGUUUGAUUCGAGAUAUGUAUAAAUCUGCCUUCAGCACGAAAACGGCGAUGCUUGUUUUGAUUGAUAGAUAUGCAUUGGCAAACAAUCCAUGCAAAGCCAUUGAGACUUUCCACUUCAUGGAGAAAUUCAGAGUAUCCCCUGAUGAAGAAGCAUACCUCUUUCUUUUGAAAGCUCUUUCUGAUCAUGGAAAUGUUGAAGAGGCAGAGGAGUUCAUGCUUGUAAAUAAGAAACUGUUCCCAGUGGGAACUGAUAGUUUUAACAUUAUACUUAAUGGAUGGUGCAAUAUAUAUGUUGAUGUAUUUGAAGCAAAGAGAAUUUGGAGAGAAAUGUCAAAGUACUGCAUCACACCAAAUGCAACUUCGUAUUCCCACAUGAUUUCUUGCUUAUCAAAAGUUGGGAAUCUUUUUGAUUCACUGAGACUCUAUGAUGAAAUGAAGAAAAGGGAUUGGAUCCCUAGCUGUGAAGUUUACAACUCUCUGAUCUAUGUACUGACACAAGAAAAUUGCUUUGAUGAAGCUUUGAAGUUGCUAGAGAAAAUGAAAGCAAUGUCGCUGCAGCCAGAUUCUGCCACUUACAACUCGAUGAUACUUCCCCUCUGUGAAGCAGAAAAGGUAGAGGAAGCUAGAAACAUGUUGGCUAUUAUGAUUGAAGAGAAUCUUAGCCCAACUAUUGAGACAUAUCAUGCAUUUCUUAAGGGGGUCGGUUUUGAUGAAACACUGGAAAUUCUUCAGCGAAUGAGAACAGCUGGUUUAGGUCCUAGUGGGGAUACCUUUCUCCUAAUUCUUGGCAAGUUCUUCAAAUUAGAGCAACCUGAGAAUGCAUUAAAAAUAUGGGUGGAAAUGAAGCAACAUGAAGUUAUUCCAACUUCUACUCAUUACACAGUGUUGGUAGAAGGGCUAGCAUCUUGUGGGCUGUUAAUAAAGGCCCGGGAAUUCUAUGCUGAGAUGACAUCAGACGGUUUCUCAGAUGAUCCAAAGCUCAAAAAGCUCUUGAAGGAACCAGUGGAUGGUAAUAAGGGUAAGCGAGAACAACAGGAAAGAAAGGGUAAGAGAGAUAAGCAGGCAAGUCUUCAAAAAGGCAAUAAAGGGCAAUGUAAAAGAAAAGGCAGAAAACAAUCAAGCAAGGGGAAGAAAGUGGUUCAGGUGUCUGAUAAAACACUCUGAGUGGAAGACUCCUUGUGGCAGUUAAGAUAUUUAGUUUUUAAUGACUUGAUGAUGCCCUGUCAAUGACUGUGCUUGGUGUUUGAUUAAGUGAAGAAGCUGCUGCUAGCUGAGAGAUCUUGGAGCUUGGCCUAACUUGUUCAUGUUACCUAUCAUAGGGUGAAAUUUUGUAAAUUCUAAAUAAGGCAAGUUUACCUUUACACAUACAACUGUUCAUGGAAUUUUCUCUACCACCCAACUCAAAUAUGUGGGUUACUCUGCUGCAACAAAUUUUGCCAUAUCAUUCUGGUAUAUACUUAUUUGAUUUAUAUGGUGUCAUUCAACCUUUUGCAAAAGCCCAAGACUUUUAUUAUCUGAGUUCUCACAAUUAUGAGUUCUUGAUCAAACAACUCAAAAUCUCAAUGCUAGCUGUUGGUAGGACUGGUUUUGUUAGAGCUUACUGAGAUAGAUACCAAAGGAGACAUACUAAAAGCAGAGCUCAUGAAGGAAUCAAAGGAAAAAAAAUUCAUCAAAAGACAUUUUACUUAGUCAUUCCAUUGCAGUUCCCUUAUCAAGUACUUCCAUCUGCAAUGUAGCAUGCAAUCGGGUCCAAAGGAUGCAACUAAUGCUACUGCUGUAAGUAAAUUUGGAUUAUUAAUAUGAAAGUCAGCCACACUAUUAGUUGCCAUGAUGUACAUUACUAUAGACCCUAAGGGUAAGCAAAACUGAUGGAGUGUUAGAACUUCUAAAGUAAAAAUCUUGGGUUUGAGCUUCUAUCAUAUUUAUGAAACCUUGACUUACUUGGUACAAUGGUUGUGGGUCCAGUCAUUGUGCCCUGAGUUUACCCAUCCAACAAAUACGGGCGGGGUCCUCAGUUAUCCAAAAAAAUAAAAAAAGGAUGUACAUUACCAUGCAUUAUCAGCUUGCAACAAACUCAGCUUCUAAUGACAUUCAAGCUUCAUUUGCUAGUUUAAUCAGCUUGCUUGUAUUUUUGUACGUUGGAUUUUAGGGCUGCAAACCUCACCACAUUCAUUUAGCAAAGUUUGUUGCAAGCUGAUUAUGCAUGUGCCAAUUCUUUUGAACUAUUUAAGUUUGGUUUGCUAAAGAGUCAGUUUGAUACAUUUGAUUUAACCAAUGAAUAUUGGUGAUUGUUACCAUGAUGGUAAAAGUUUGAAUGCAA